CUGUCCAUUUCCCCUUGCAGGGCGCAACAUGCUGGUGGCAGUGAACUGCUCGGCCACCCAGCGGACGAGGUGCCGGUGUCGCCCGGGCCACUACUGCGUGGGAGGUCCCGGCUGUCCGGACUGCGAGGCUCACUCCCCCUGCGGGCCAGGCCGACAGGUGACCCAGCCAGGGACUUUGUCGAGAGACACUGAAUGUGGGGAAUGUCCCCUCGGGACGUUUAAAGCUUUCUCUUCACUGGAGCCCUGUCAGAACCACACCAGCUGCCGGGAGAAGGGUUUGACAGAAAUCGCCCCAGGAACCGACAUUUCAGAUGCAGAGUGCGGUCCCGCUCUCUCGCACGCGCCCACAGACGUCGUACCGGUGGCCCCCACCAAAUCGGAACAGCUGGAGAUGGAUGGACGGGGCAUCCUCAUCCCCGUGCUGAUCUUGUCCUCGCUGUCCGUCUGCUCGUUCCUCAUCCUUCUGUUGCUGGGAUUCCGCAGGAGGUUUGUCGCAGGGAGGACAGAGAAGAAUCAGUCGCCGGCAGACGCAGACCAGACGAGUGUGGAGUCAGACCGCCCGCUCCUGGGCAGGGGGACCGUCUUCCACGAGCCCCACCGGCAGACGAUCCACGGGCCCGAGCAAGUGGACAGACACCGGGAGAGUCAACAGACGCAACAGCAGCAGACGGGGGGCUGACGGCGGGUCAAUGGGACGUCCCCGCUUCUCCGGGGGCACCUUCCUCCCCAGAGAGCAACCCGGGGCAGGCCAGAGGAAUACUGGGGACUGCAAGGUAUGAUCCCAUGACCCUCACCCAUCUCCACUUCUCUGAAACCACGCCCUGUCCGUCUCCGAAUCUCCCCCC